UCUCUCUCUCUCCCUACCUUGUCUGUUCUGGCUUUUAUUGUUGCGUCAGAGUCAGCCAGCAGAGAAGCAUGCCGGGGGAGAGCGCUCACAGAUCUGUCCCCGCCAACAAGCAUCCAGGGCAGGCCGAGGAGGAGCCGGGGCUCCCUGGACCAGGAAAAAGCAGACGUCAGUCCACGGACUCCACACCCAGUGACAGUGGCUCUUCUCCUUGUGACACAAGUUCAAGCCCUUCUCCCAGCACUCCACAGAAGCUGCUCCCAACAUACACAUCUCCAUUUGGGCCCAGGCUAUUUCACGCAACACCUAACUCUUCUGGUACUCCAAGACCUCAACCUGAAGGGUCUGACUAUCGGCACAACCUACCGAGGUUGUCCGGAAAGUUAGGCGGUCAUGGACCUUGUGGCCGCCUUGUCCCCGUUAAGAUGGAGAGAAUCAAAGUACUGACUGGUUCUGAGGUGGAAAGUGACUACCCAGAGGUGCAGACCAUUGAUACAAGGGUGGUGAUGGGCCAAGAGACACUUGUAAAACCAUCAGAGAUCCUGAAAGGGAUGCGCUUUCCAGGACAAUGUGUUCAGGGUAUCUCAUCAUCAGUUACGCCAAGCUUUGCAGAGCCUCAGACAAAAGUAAACAAGCCAGAAAUCAACAAGGAAGUGGGAAAUCCCCCAAACCUGGACAAACAAGGAGAUGAGCAAACAGAACCUGAAACAUCCUUAACCCCACCAAUUCCCCCUGUUCACAGCCCCACUGCACCCGCUUCCUCCACUUGUGUUGACAAUAAUGUCACAGAUAAGGAAGAGGGUCAAAGUCUCUCGAUCGUUGAAGUGCCUUCCCUGUCUGUCCACGAGCAGAUCUGCCCUGUGGCUCUAUCAUUUUCUGAGCCAACUUAUUCUGUUGACCCACUCCGAGUGGGUAUGCCGUCAUCCCUUGACCCUGACUUGUAUUAUACUGCUCCCUCCACACCAAUUAAGGCGGCAUCAUUUUCCUCGCACCUUAAACAUCGUUCUUAUCCAGGCUCUCCUGCUUGCUCACCCUCACCUGGCUUACCCUCAGACAGCGAUGACCUCUGCUCCCCUAUGACCUCCCCCUCUGGCUCUUACAUGACAGCAGAAGGAGGAAGUUGGACAUCCUCUUACGCAUCUUCCACCUCCCCCUCCACUUCUCCCAACCUGCUGACCACAGAAGAUGCACAGGAGGCUCGGGCUUGCUUUGUGGAAUCCUUGUCCGAGAUUGGAGAUGAAGUAGGAGAGGACAAGGUGCGAACAGCUCCAGAGCGGGAGGAGGAAAGACCAGGCGACUUGUAUGUGCAACGUUCUCAGGAUGUGAUUAAUCCACGGCUUGGAAUAACUGGUACAGCGAUACUUGAGGAGGAAGAGACUCAAAAAGAUGAUGAGACCAUUAUUUGCAGAGAAAGCCAUCGUCCUUGUUGGGUGACUGAACAUAGACCUCUGCCAAGGAGCAGUAGUAGCCCCACUAGUGACUCACAGGAGGAUGGCGGUGAGUCUGAGAGCUCUCUCUGUCCAUUAGAGGAGGCCAGGACAGCAAAUGAGGAAUAUUCAAGAAUUACUCAUACAGGCCUGAAUCUGCAACUGGACCCAUGUGUAUCGGGGGAACAUUAUGGACAAACGACUGAUCAGCAAGAGAAAACGUUCACAGCUGUGACUCCUGAUACAGACAACAUGGCCUCAUCCAACAAUAGUCCUGACUCACCUGUUGUCCACAUGGAUUCUUUUUGUUCUGAAUCCUUUAGUAGAUUUGGUCCUGGCUCUUUCAUGUUCUCUCAGACAGCAAGUGCUGAAGAUAUACCAGAGGAAGAAAGGAUGAUACCUGUCUCUCUCAUCCCAUUUCCUCCUCACACAAGCCUUGUUUUUAAAGCUGAUUCCUUUGAAAUAACUCUUUUUCCCACAGAGGCUGAAAAUGAAAUAGUCACGGACAGAAACGAAGGCAAGAACAUUGACGCAUAUGCAGCAGGAGAGGAGGAAGCAGACAUUGAAGAUGAUGACGAAGAGGAUGACAAUGACUAUGAUGAUGAUGAUGACAUCAAUGGUAAUGAAACUGUGGACACUGGGGACGCUAAUGACAACAAAGACAACAGUCUGGAGUCUGGUGUGGAAGCCAAGGUGGAAGUAAAAGUGGUUGAAGAGGAGGGGGAAGAUGACGAUGAAGAUGGCCAGUACAUCAGGAAAUCAGUGGAGGGUGCUACAGAUGACGACAGCUCAGGAUCCUUGCUUCAUACACUCUCAGACACGUCUAUAAAUGAGGGGUUGGAUGACUACUUCUGUUUCCAAGUUGAUACUGAUGACUCAUUAGAUUCUGCCUCCUAUAAUGGGGAGGAAGAUGAACGCCUAUACAGCACUGAGAGGCAUGCACAGGCACCAGAAUGCUCACCUUUGGAUUCACUUGAAUCCACAGAAAGGUCAGAAUCACAACAAGGAUAUGUCACUAGAAUGGAUAAAACAGAAUGUUUGCACACACAACUGAGCGCAGAUGAGACAGUGGAUAACUCUGAAAUCACGUGUCUUUCUACAGACACUGCUGCCCAGGAACCCAAAACUCCAGAAACACAAGGCUGUGCCAGUCCAUUGGAUAAAACAAAAUCUGGACAAAUUGAUGAAGGCUUAAAACAAUUUGCUGUUUGCACAUUUACAUCUUCUUGUGAUCCUAAGCCAUCUAGUAACAAAACUAGGGAUGCAACUGAAAGGGUAAAACAUUAUAGUUCUUGUCAAGAACCUAAACAUAGCUCUUGUGUCCUUUCCUACCCUGACCCUGCUACUCAAGUCUACUCCUUACCUCCUGUUGGAAAAACUCCUAGCUGUACAGUACAGGAACCAAAAAAUGAAGAUGGUGGCAGAGAGCAAAACAAACGUGCAAAAGAAGAUCCCACUUGUGAACCAGACAGAGAUUCGUAUAAAUUGCUCAUUAAGCAUCAUCGUUAUCAAACAGAAAGUCAUGGAACUGCUGGAGUGAGUAGACUCAUAUCAUCCCAGUGGUCCUCUAAAAGACAUGUUACACCUGACGAAGACCAGAAUAAAAAGAAGAAUGACAACACCUCAGUAGAGAUUAGAAGCAUUGAGUGUAGAGCCGCGGACCCGGGUUUCUCUGAUUUGAGUACUGCCACCAAUGAUUUGAACAAAGGUGUGCUUCCUGUCCCCUAUCCUAAAGACCCAAGUCCAAAUCCCAGCAAUAUCCCGAUCUCUGCAUCUCCAGAGGUUAUUUUUGGACUUGCUGACAAUCUAGUCUUGACUCCUGAACAUUGCCCUGGUGACUCUGGCCAGGAGAACUUAAGUACAGAUGAGAGGGUUCUCGUAGUGGCUGGUUCAACUCACUUUCCUUUGGCUAUCUCACCCAAAAGAGAAAACUCAGAAACAGAUACAAGAAGGGAAAUUUGUCCUGUAGCGGAGAUGACUGAAUUACAUUUAGGAUCUUUGUCUGAAUUUGGAGUAUGGGGAGCAGGGGAGUCUCUUUCCUUGUCACUGGGGAAGAAGUAUGAAUUAGAAACCGAGAGUGUACUCAUGUUUGACACAAAAGGCCAAAGUACACAGACCUCAGUGAUUCCUAACAUGACCAGUGAAGCAUACCAAAAAUAUCCUUAUGGUUGUGUUCAGGUGGAAAAAAGCAACGAGGAUGGAAAGAUCCAUGAGGCAGACGAUGCAGAAGUAAAAAGAGAGGGAACUUCCGAGUUUAAUUUAGUCUGUUGGAAGUCAAUCGAGGAGAUCUCGGAGGCAGGUGGCGGCGAGCGGAGAUUCCCUGAAGAUGAUGUCAGUAAUCAGGACAAUGAUGGGGAUAACACACAGAUGCAUGUAACAUGGAUGGAUACAAACAAUAAUAAUGAUACUACUUUUGAUUCACUGGAAGUAGCAAUAUGUGGAGGACUGAAUGCGUUAUCAGAGGAAGUGAGGCCUCAGUUUGAGUGUGUCAAAGUCAGAGAAUCAGUCUCUAACAUUCCGCUUGAAGAGAUGCCAAUGCGAGUUUCUGUCAGUGAAGAACAAAAAUCACCAGACAUUUCAUCCACAAAUGAAGGUCAGUGUAGCGUGUUGUUAAAUAACACUAGUGAGAACCAAUGUGCAACAAAUGAACAUCUCCACAGCCCACCAAUGUCAAGAUGCCAAACAAGUCCCAAGUGUCAGACAAUCACUGCAGCGAGUAAUAUAGUACCUUCUUUACUACAUGGCUCUUUUGGUUUCUUUAUUCCUAGAUGUAAAUCUAAUGCAUCUGCACCCAUCAAAGAUGCAAAAAUGUGUUUGCAGUUAGAAUCUGAGAUUGCGGUGGAGUCUCAAACUCGAGGCGAAAGAAAAAGCGAUGCCGGUAUUAUGAUUGACAGAGUUGUUGAGGAGCCAAAGAAUACAGGUGAUUAUAAAGGACAGCAGUGUGAGAGUUCUAACUCAGGAAAGGAUGAACAAAAUAAUACGAAGAAAAUGAAAAAGAGAUGUGCAAAGAAUAAAAAAAAAGAAGAAAAACCGUCACCCACACCAACUCUUUUAGACGGGUUUGCACAAGAUGCUGCUAAGGGUACAAUUUGCACAGAGAAAACUGAUGCUACUAAGAAAGGACGAAGAAGGAAACAACACAAGGCCUUGAAGGCAGGCAUUCAUUCGGAUUCCAGCCCUGAAAUUCUUGAUGAUGACAAGAAACCUCUUGUUUCAAAACUAACCUCAGCAGUGGCGAUUGAGGAUAUUUCCAAAACAAAGACAGGCAAAAAGGCCAACAAAGUGUCAUCAUUAGAACAAAAGACUGACAAAGGUGUUUCACAGAUUCAAGAAAAAAAGUGUCUUCCCCCUAACGUCACACGCCCUAAAGAUUGGAGCCACAACUCAAACAAGCGUGUCAGAGAGAACCUUAAUGUCAUGGGAGAACUCGACAAAGAAUCACAUAAGGAACAAAGAGAGCUGGACAACAGACCAGAAAUACUUAAUAACAUACAAGAAGGGCUUGAUAACAGACCAGUGUCUAAUGGUCAAAGAGGAAUCAGAGUAGACAUUAAUGACAAUAACAUACAGGAUGAUCAGAUCAUACUAUCACAGGCUAUCACUUCAUUUUCUUCCCCAACAUCUCCCGUUUCCUCUUCCUCACCUAUCUACGGAGCAUCAACAGAGACAAAACAUGAACUUAUCACACCUGUACAAGAAUCACAGCCGGCACUUUCAGUCCAGCACUUGCUUUCGCUAUCCUCGUCCCACACAACCUCUCCCACCAGCCAGCAAUUUCUUACAAACCACGUAGAGGCCACCAUCAUUCAUCCUACGCUGAGCAAACCUUUACCAUCUUCGUCUUCUGAGAUGCCAAGUAGUUUGUCCGAACCAACACAGGAGUCUUCUUCCAUCCCUCCUUGCCAUAACCGGUCCUCCCCACUGUCUCACAAAGAAAACAAGCAAGGCUGUACAAAGGACACAGCCAAAGAUGUCACUUUAGCACAGGGGGGAUCAGACAAGAGCGAGGAGGAUUGUAGACUCCCUGGUCAAGGGUCAAUUCUCAAAGAGAAAACCGGAAACAGAAGUGGAUCCUUGCAGAAAACCGGUCCAUCUGAUCAAAAGGAAACCCAACCUUUCUCUUCUUAUCAGCUCACCGACAAACAGUCUGGCUGUCCAAUCAACCACAAACACCCAAUCUCUGAAGACUUCAAAAACAGCUGUUCCAUUGUGGCCUCCUGUAAUGAGUCGGAGAGUGAAGGUUCAGUGCCUGAGCUAGAAGAGGCAGAGCCAGUGACACCUCUUCAAUCUCAGCUCCUCUCCUCUGCAGACGAAGGCCCGAACAGACCGAAACAGAGCCGCAGUGAGAAGAAGGCCCGUAAGGCCAUGUCUAAACUUGGUUUAAAGCCUGUCCAUGAUGUGACUAGGAUCACCAUUAGGAAGUCCAAGAGUAUCCUCUUUGUCAUCAGCCGCCCCGAUGUAUUUAAAAGCCCUGCGUCGGACAUUUAUAUUGUAUUUGGGGAGGCUAAAAUCGAGGAUCUUUCUCAACAGGCCCACAAAGCCGCUGCAGAGAAAUUCAAGGUGCCUGUGACCUCUACUCCCCUGGCGCCCCCCGUCCCACCCAGCCUCAGCAUCAAGGAGGAGAGUGAAGAAGAAGAGGAGGAGGUGGACGACGGGGGUCUGGAGCAGAGGGACAUCGAGCUGGUGAUGGCUCAGGCCAAUGUGUCUCAAGCCAAGGCCGUGCGUGCGCUGAAACACAACAAGAACGAUAUUGUGAACGCCAUCAUGGAGCUGACCAUGUGAAGGGUGUGGAUGAUCUGAAUCCAUGCUUGACUCUAUGCCUAAAGACUAUGCUUUGUCGCUGCUACUGUAUAAUGUUGCAUCUCCAAAACCUGCUAAAUAAAUAAAAGUCUGUAAGGAU